UCGAUAUAAUAUUUUUUCCGCAUUACAUCCGAUCUAGAUGCAACCAAAUAUUGCAGAGCGAUGACUGGUUUGAUUUGUGUUAUUUAGUGUUUUGAUGUAUGAUGGAUUCUUUAAGUGGUUACAACAUUAUUUGUAAGAUGUUCUUAAACUGAACUAACGAAUGUUUAUUGCAGGAGAUAUGCGUAGCGAAUGUACAUUACCAGGCAUACCGUUAUUAGGAAUUCAAGGAUGGCUGCAAUAAUUUGAGACGUGUAAGCUAUGGAUUGUUUACGGCUGCUUGAGACACACAUUCAACUACCAGGCUAAACUACACCGGGAAUGGAUGCUUAUUUAUGAAUGGAGUCUACAUGCGAAGACAAAUACAUGGCUAAACACAAAAUGAGACUGAGAAAAUUAGCUACCAUAGGUCUGACGUUUCUGGUUGUCACGGCAAUGGUUUUCUAUUUUACACACGGAGAAAUAACAGUCAGCAUGCUCAUCAGAUAUGUCAACACGUGGCAAGUAAAAGAAACGCAUAUCAACGAAGUGAAACUGCAACGAGGCGGGAUAACAUGGCAACAAAAUGGUACUUCAGCUUCGUCUCUAGCAAGCAGAAUGGGAGGAAGUCCAAAAACAACCCCGGGGAAGCCAAAGCUGCUGCUGAUUGUAGCCUACCUUCGCAGUGGUUCCACCUUCACAUCAAGCCUGUUUUCCCAGCAACCAGACUCAUUCUAUGUCUUCGAGCCUCUACAUAUGGUCCUAAGCACAGUCAAGAAGCACAUGGCUCUGCGAUAUGUUAAUGGAACGGUCAGGCGUUUCCCAAAGGGUAUUACAGACAAUCCCCAGUCUCUGUUCCGAGAGUGUUUGGACCCCUGGUUUCAUUGUGCAUUCCGGAAAGUCGACACCGCUAGUAUUUUGGACAAAUUCCAUUUAUACUACUCAAAAUCCAUGAAACCAUUUUUAUUGUGCGUUAAACAAAUCAAAUUCUUAAACCCUCUCACGAGAUAUUCAAUCAAUCACUGCAUUGGUCAAACGGAAAGGAAGUGCAAUUCAGCUCAUUUGAGGGUUAUAAAAACAAUACGUCUUUCCAUGGAGAUGGCUCACUCAUUGAUGAAAGAAAAUGAGAAUAUGAAAAUCGUACACCUUGUUCGGGACCCCAGAGCAAUGUUUUUGUCACAGAGUAACUACAAGCUUAUUAAAGGCAAUAACAAAACCAGUCAAUUUGAAAGAUUGUGCUCACGCAUACGUGAUGACGUUUAUUUCACGCGCCAACUUUUAGAGACCGGAAACAAAAAUGUGAAACUUGUUCGCUAUGAGGAUAUUGCUUUCAAUCCAAUAAAAAUGACAAAAGAAUUGUACAAAUUUAUAGGUGAACCACUUACCAAAGAGGUGCUAAAAUAUGUGACUCAAAGUACUUCUCUCAACCUGAAAGACGGUUGUCCGUUUUGCACACGGCGCGGAAAUUCUUCACUAACAGCAAGCAAAUGGAGAUCUAGGAUUCAGCCAUCUUUUCUGAAACUUGUGGACGAACAUUGUAAGGACCUUUUACAACCCCUGGGAUACCAUAUUACAGAGGAUAUCAAUUAUUUAAGAAACACUUCAUUACCAAUUUUCCAAGAGCACAUUCCUUUACUAGAACAAAUAUAAACCUAAGUCUUUUACAGCACCAAAAUGUGAUUAUUGAAACAUUCCAGUCAGCAAAUUUGAUUUUUGGAAUAUUAGAUUUGUCGUGUACGAAGAUUUAUAUCUGAUAAUUAAUCCUCAGGCUAACUAACCAAUUAUUAAUUAGCUUCGUUCAGGCCAAUGGCCAGAAUUCCUGAUGACUUCGCUUUUUUCGUCAGUGCAUAUGUGUGUAGGUUAAUGGAGAUCUGUUCGUUAAUUUGAAAUUUCUAAAGUAAUUAUAUUCUAAUUUUGUCAGACUUCUUUUUUAAGUUCUGCCCAGAAAACAAGAACAAAUUGUGUCGUUUUUAUUUUUUCUGAAUGAAAAUGUACAAUUGUGUGCGAAAACAGUAGAAUGGACAUAGCUACGCACGCCCGUAGCGGAUGUUCAUUUAUAUAGCAAAAUACGUCAUAAUAGUUGGUGAAUAAGUGACUGAGAUGGUUUGAUUGCAUAAUUGCAGUACCAAGCAACACCAUCGCCAUUCUUGCGUCAUCAAUUCCAUGUCACUGUUUAAUACUGCAUUAUAUUGUAAUUUCCGUUUUGUUUAGCUAUUUUUUAUCUCUUUAAUCAGUGCUACUGUGGCUGUGAACUCUAAGAAAAUGGAUAUGUCUACUAACAUAUUGUGGUCUCAUGUAUUUAGUAACACAUACAUUUGAUGGUAUUUUUCAAUAUUGUGUUUUGUUAUAAUAGUAAAACCUUUUAUUAGUCUAAUUGAAGAUCGAUGUCAUUUGGAAACAGAGCGUGUGACGCACACUAAAAACAAGCAUAAACCAUACGUAUUCACGUUGUUUCCUAUCUGUUAAACAAGAAUUGAAGCAGCUCGAUGGGAAACGAAUAAGGAGUUUUCGUGACUCGAAGUCGCUUGUUUCUUUUUUUAUUUGGCUAGAAGUGUACAUGUAUUCAUUUUUAACAUUUAAUAUCUCAGAUGAAGUACCUCUACCGAUAACUCAAAGGUCAACUGUCCAGUAUGAUGUACAUUAUGGCAUCACUUUUACUUAGAGUCUUGAACUUUGCUUUUAUUAUUCACGGAACUGCGUGAGAAUACGUUGGUAGGUGCGUUUGAUAGAACACCCGUCAACAUCCGAAUGGUCAAGGUCAUAAUUUAAGGUCAAAGCAUCCGUAAAAAGACUCAGUCAAAUAAUGCAUAAAAUAUAACGUUGUAAAUAAAUAAAAAGUGAAGCGAC